AUGACCGAGGCGUGCUGUGGAGGCACCGGAUGUGCUAACCAAGAAGGAUGUGGCACCGCCAAAGCACCGAGGAUGGCUCGCCGCAAGUUUAUCGGCAAGCUGGGGGCGAAUGUCGAUGCCUCGGCGGGGGCAGUGGUACUGGCUAAGAAGGCUCAAGUGGGACGAGUGAUGAACCAAGUGCCCGACGAUAUUCUCCACGACGAAGAACUCAACCAGGCAAUCAAGCUUCUACCCUCAAAUUACAACUUUGAGAUCCACAAGACGGUGUGGAACAUCCGCAAACAGGGGGCGAAGAGAGUGGGGCUCCAGAUGCCCGAGGGUUUACUCAUCUAUUCAUUGGUGAUUACCGAUAUUCUCGAACAGUUCUGCCAGUGUGAAGUGGUGGUGAUGGGCGACGUCAGUUAUGGGGCCUGCUGCAUUGAUGAUUAUACUGCUCGCGCUUUAGGGUGUGACUUUAUCGUCCACUACGCCCACCUGUGUCUUGUACCCAUCGACGUCACUGCCAUUAAAGUGCUCUAUGUGUUUGUCACCAUUGCCAUCGACGAAACCCACUUGGCCAAGACGUUACAGCGCAAUUUCCCUGCCAAUACUAAGUUGGCGAUCUUUGGGACCAUCCAGUUUAACCCCACCAUUCACGCCACCAAGAACCGGUUGGAGACUGACCCUGACCACCCGUUAUUCUUGACUCCGCCUCAGACGCGUCCAUUGUCUAAGGGGGAAGUCCUUGGGUGCACAUCGCUUAGACUCGACCCUAAGGAGUUUGCUGCUCAAGUAUACGUUGGUGAUGGUCGGUUCCACUUGGAGAGUUCGAUGAUCCACAACCCCGACGUGCCUGCGUACCGUUACGAUCCUUAUAACCGUAAGUUCACCCAGGAGUUCUACAACCAGGACGAGCUUAGUGCCGUACGUCGUGAUGCCAUUGCUGCUGCGCAAAAGGCAAAGAAGAUCGGGGUGAUUUUGGGUGCUUUAGGCCGUCAAGGUAAUCCACAAACGCUUAGUCGGUUAGAAGGCCACUUACAGCAGCGUGGGGUGCAGGUGGUCAAGAUCAUUUUGCUGGAGAUCUUCCCGCAAAAGCUCGCGAUGUUUGACGAUGUCGAUGCCUUUAUCCAAGUGGCGAGGACGUGA